UUGAUGGCCGACAUACCGGUGAUAUAAUUUGUGACUAUUUUAAAAUGAUGCUGCGGGACUGGAAUAUUCAGAACGAGCAAUUGCACUGUUUUAUUAGAGAUGGUGGAUCGAAUAUGGUAAGAGCAAUGCAUUUGGCUGAAAUACCUGACAUAAAUUGCACAGUCCAUCAACUUCAACUGUGUGUUCGUUCUGCACUCGACGAAACCCAGGUCAAGGACUUACUCGCAAAAUGCAGGAAGAUAUCAGGCCGUUUUAAUCAUUCACAAAUUGCUCAAGAUGAGCUGAUAAAAAUUCAAACGGAGCAACUUAAUCAACCUGCCCUUCGCGUGAUACAGGACUGUGUAACCAGAUGGAAUAGCACAUACUACAUGGUCGAACGGCUAUUGAAGGUUAAAGAUUCUAUUUGCCUGUAUGCCAGCAAACAUAGUAUUCCACAAAUAUCUCCAGAAGAGUGCUUGUACCUUAAUAAAUUAGUGGCAAUUCUCACCCCCUUUGAAGAAAUAACGAGAAAUCUGAGCGAUACAAACACUUGCAUAUCGUCAGUUAUUCCUUUGAUACAUGUACUGAAACAUACACUGCAAAUGGAAAAGGAAAAAAUUGACACAAAUCCAAAUUUCAAGAAUAUCAUUCAAAAACUAAUUGAAGAUAUCAAUUCUAGAUUUUGUGACCUACAAAGCAAUACCCUGUAUUCGCUUGCUACAUAUUUGGACCCAAGGUACAAAUUAAAGUUUUUUAAUGACGUAAUUCAAGAGCAAGUUCAGUCCGAACUAAUACGUUUGCUAACCCUUUAUGACUCGAAUGUUGCAAGCCGAGUUGACGAUGAUGAACCUUCUGUGGCCAAGAGAGCGAGAUUAGCAUCAAAUGCAAGUAAUGUUGACCCAAGCACAAGUUUUGAGAUUUUGUCACCAAUACAAAGUGUGCAUUCCAACCUGGCUGAUAUGUUGAAGAAUUGCAGUGAUGAAGAGGAAUCGGAAAAUGACAGCAUGGAUACCAACAGCAACCUCAUGAUAUGGAAAACACUAAUUAAUGAAUACAAUAAAGAAAAUAGACUCCAACUAAAUGAAGAUCCCUUAUUGUGGUGAAGAUAUAACAUUAAAUAUAAAGUUUUUGCUCCCAUAGUUCGCAUUUACUUAUCGGCGCCACCAAGUUCAGUGCCAAGCGAACAGUUAUUUAGUGCUGCUGGUUUAAUUUACGAACCCUUGAGAAACCGCUUAGAAGGCGAAAAAGCCGCAAAGCUUUUGUUCGUAAAAUAUAAUUUGCCUCUUGUCAAUUUUGAUUACUAAGAUGAAUCAUGAACAUGUAUGUACAAUUGUACACAUUAUAUAUAAUAUAAAUAAAUGUUGCUGACUCUAUUAAUCAUAAAUUUAUUUAUAUUUUCCCAACAAAUUUCACCUCCGCCUCCGUUAACCUUCGCAUCCGCGGAGGCGAACCUCUUCACCUCCGCAUCCGCCUCCGCCUCCGCUAAGUAGGCCUCCGUUACA